AUGCUCCGAUCCUCCUCAGCUUCGUCAGCCGAACCCCCUGUCGGCAAUGAUGCGUCAAAUCCUUCUCACUCAAGCAUAGCCGCUGCCGCCGCUGCCGCUGUAGCCGCAGAUUUAGGAGAUAGUGUAGGCACAGGCGUGGGUUUGGGACUCGGAGCAGCCGCAGGGGUAGUGACGGAUCAGAUCAUUUCGACGGAUGAUCUUCCUGCGGCGAACGGAGUGGCAGACGCGGCGACAGACGCAGCGGGGCCGGAGGGUUUCAAUCCGAAAUUAGCGGGAAUUGAGGAGGAGGAGCGGCUGGUGAACGAGCUGGUGACGUGGCUGGAGGAUAAAGGCGUGAAAGGGAUUAGAGACGAGGAUGCGGCAAUUAAGGUAUUUAUUGACGCCAACACCACUCUCAAGGCUUCCGGCAGGUCCAGAGCGAACCUCCGCAUGGUGGCGCGGCGCCCCAUCGCGGAGGGCGAGGUGUUUCUGUCGCUGCCUCGCUCGCUCGCUCUCUCCGAAUCUCACGCGCAGGAAGAGGCAAAGCCGUACGAGGGGGAGGUGAGUGACCGGCCUAUCAGUAGACGCAGUGCAUGCGUUCACGGCGCUGGCGGCCAUUCCCCUCCCCUCAACAUCUCUGCCCCCCCCCCACCCCCCCAGGUGCACCCGUUCACGGCGCUGGCGGCGUGGGUGCUGAGGGAGCGGGGCAAGGGGCGCGCGUCCCUGUGGGCGCCCUUCGUGCGCCUGCUGCCCGCCCACCUGCCCUUCCCCCACCUCUUCUCCGACCGCCUCCGCACAGAGCUCCAAUCCCAGUCGCUGCUCUUAGCUACCGCAGAGCACAGGCGGAUGCUGUCAGAAGAGUACAAAAAGUGCCGGCCAGAGGCCAUUGCGAGUGCAACAGAGGAGGAGUUUCUGUGGGCGGUGGGCAUGGUCACCUCGCGUAUGUUCACACUCCUGCUCUUUCCCUACGCGGACCUCUUUGACACGGACAACGCGCCCGUCGCCAUGUGGCAGGACAACGGCACGCACAUCACGUUCACAGCCACGGGCAGCAUCUCUGCAGGCCAGCACGUGAGCGUGGAGUCGGGGCUGCUGGCAAACGAUGAGGCGCUGCUGACCCGCGGCAUGGCGCUGCAGACCAACUACCGUGACUCGGCGGACAUUUUCGAUUUCCCCGAGGUGGCGAUUGACUUCUUUGGAAGGCACUACUUCAGAACGCACUGGGAGUCAUUCAUGGAGACUGACGUGGAGCAGGUGUUUGCUGACAUGGAAAAGGCGCUCAAGGCGGAGGUGACCAAGGAUCGGUACAAGGGCGUGCCGGACGAGCCAGAGUUCAGGAUCGACACACAGGCGAGCCUGAGAGUUUGGUUCGGCGGGAGGCUCGAUCCGAGGCUGCUGGGAGGUCUGGCAGCCCUGCAUGCGCACGUGAUGAACAAGGAAGGUGAGAUCCGUCCCAUGCCUCCCUUUCCUCAUCCCGCCUCUCUUCCCGCCUCUUCAUGUCCCUUCCCUCCUCUUCUACCCCCCUCAUCUGCCUCCUUUCCAACCUCGGACUGCGAUUACAUGGCUCGCAGAGUGGAAGUGCACAGCUCACAGCCUCCUCUACUGCAUUCCUGCUUCCCGUCACCUAACUCCUCUCUCCUUACAUCAGUGACCCUUCUUUCCCUCUUUCUCUCCCACAGUCUCUUCAUCUCCCCCUCUCUCUUACUCUCCUCCUCUCUCUUCCUCUCCCCCUAUCUCUUCCUCUCCCCCUAUCUCUUCCUCACCCCCUCUCUCGUCUUCGUCAGGACCCCAAGACCACCCACUGACGACUAUGCCGCCUCUCCCUACAUCUCUCACCCUUCUCUCUUCCCCUGCAUUCACCUCCCUUUCCCUGCCUUCUCUCCUUGCAGCCCCCAACUAUGCGGCUCUGGCGGGGCUAGAGCCCCCGACUACGCAGCGCUAGCGCGGCCAGCAGUGGACUACAGCUGGCUCAAGGACCCCAAGACCACAUGCGACGACUACGCCGCCUCGCUCCCCGACAACCUCGGGGACGCCAUCCCCGCAGCCGGCACGGGCAUUCUCGAGCGCGCGAAGCAGAUGCUGAAGGCCAUGGGGACGACACGGGAGGGGGACCUGCAGCGCAUGUUGGUGGUGCAGGCGUGCAAGGUGCAGGUGCUGUAUGGGACGUAUCCCGGGGUCAAGCCGCUCAUGUGCCCGCCCGAGUUUGUACACGAGUUGCCGGAUUGGGAGGCGGCUCUGGCUUACAGGUUGUCAAAGAAGGAAGUGCUGUCGCAUGUGAUUGGCCGCCUCACAGCCACAUGUGAGGCGUAG